CCAGCCCCCCUGCUUCUCCCCCUGUGUCCAAUAAGGAGAGACCCAGCUUGACACCUGCCUAUAUACAGGGGAAGGGAGCAAAUAUCCAGAACACUCAUCUUUUCUCCACCACAAACAAAUAUUAGGUUAGUUAAUAAGAGCCAGAAAGGAAGAGGUGGGUUAGUGAGAAGAAGAAAAAAUCAAAACACAUUUUGCAGCAUCCAGCUAUGACUUCCAAUAAAAUAGAAAUGCCUGGGGAAGUGAAGACAGACCCUGCAGCACUGAUGGCCUCUUUACAUCUUCUGCCCUCACCCACCACAAACCUGGAGGUCAAGCACACCAAGAUAUUUAUAAACAAUGAGUGGCAGAGUUCAGAAAGUGGCCAUGUGUUCCCAGUCUACAAUCCUGCUACAGGGGAGCAAAUCUGUGAAGUCCAGGAAGCUGUGAAGUCUGAUGUAGACAAGGCAGUGAGGGCUGCCCGCUUGGCAUUUUCCCUGGGUUCUGUGUGGAGGAGAAUGGAUGCAUCGGAAAGAGGACGGCUGUUGGAUAAACUGGCUGAUCUGGUGGAAAGAGAGCGGGCAAUACUUGCUUCACUAGAGUCUUUAAAUAGUGGCAAGCCCUUCCUACAGUCUUUUUAUGUUGAUCUUCAAGGAGUGAUUAAGACCUUUCGGUACUAUGCUGGCUGGGCAGAUAAAAUACAUGGCAUGACGAUCCCUGCAGAUGGUGAUUACUUUACCUUUACAAAACAUGAACCUAUUGGUGUGUGUGGACAAAUCAUCCCGUGGAAUUUUCCCCUUUUGAUGUUUGCAUGGAAGAUUGCUCCAGCUCUGUGCUGUGGGAACACUGUGGUCAUUAAACCAGCUGAACAAACUCCACUCACUGCACUUUAUAUGGGUGCCCUAAUCAAGGAGGCUGGGUUUCCACCAGGAGUUGUUAAUAUUUUGCCCGGAUAUGGACCAACUGCAGGCGCAGCAAUAACAUCUCACCCUGGCAUAGAUAAGAUUGCUUUCACUGGAUCUACAGAGGUCGGAAAGCUGAUCCAAGAAGCAGCUGGAAGAAGCAAUCUGAAAAGAGUGACUCUUGAGUUGGGUGGGAAGAGCCCCAACAUUAUAUUUGCAGAUUCAGAUUUGGACUAUGCUGUGGAACAGGCACACCAAGGUGUCUUCUUCAACCAAGGACAGUGCUGUACUGCAGGCUCCCGAACAUUUGUGGAGGACUCCAUCUAUGAUGAGUUUGUCCGGAGGAGUGUUGAACGUGCAAAGAGAAGAAUAGUUGGAAGUCCUUUUGAUCCAACUACAGAACAAGGCCCUCAGACUGACAAGAAACAAUACAAUAAAAUCCUGGAAAUGAUUCAGAGUGGCAUUGCUGAAGGUGCUAAACUGGAAUGUGGUGGCAAAUCACUAGGGAGAAAAGGAUUCUUCAUAGAACCUACUGUAUUCUCAAAUGUAGCAGAUGACAUGAGAAUCGCCAAAGAGGAGAUAUUUGGACCUGUACAACAAAUACUAAGGUUUAAAACCAUGGAGGAAGUCAUAGAUAGGGCGAACAAUUCUGACUUCGGGUUAGUUGCAGCUGUAUUCACCAACGAUAUCAACAAGGCCCUUACCGUGUCAUCUGCAAUGCAAGCUGGAACUGUGUGGAUAAACUGCUACAAUGCCUUAAAUGCCCAAAGCCCAUUUGGAGGAUACAAGAUGUCUGGAAAUGGGAGGGAAAUGGGAGAAUAUGGACUGAGGGAAUACACAGAAGCAAAAACCGUGACCAUAAAGAUCACACAGAAGAAUUCCUAAGAAGCAAAAUUCCAGUAGAAGAAAAAAAAGUCUCUAGAUGACUUUUGUUUGCUAGGAAGUAUUGAAAUGUUAGCAUGUCAUAACACUUCUGUUAUUGACUGUAAUGAAGAUUAAGACGCGCUUGGAUUGAGCUUUCUCUAGGAAAUCUGGUCUGCUGCCAUCCUCUGUAAAAUGUAUCCAGACCACUACUCAGGAAUAGACUUAAUAGAAUAUAAGCAGUUUCUGGAGCUACAGUCUGGAAAUAGUUAGUCUUUGGUCUUCAAUACACUCUUCAAAAUCUUUUAACCUGAUUUUCAUUUCCACCAUAGUAUAUUUACAGUAGAUAUUCAUUGUAUUAAGCUCCAUAAGUGUGUAAUAUAUAAAGCAGCAUAUGUAUGUUUUGCCUUGUAUUGGAAGUAGGUCUUCCAUCUCUUGGACGAGUUGGCCUUUAAGCUGUACGCAUGGACAGAUAUGGCUUGUUUUAAAACCAGAAAUCUCCCAGACUUAACUAGUACAUUUUUAUAUCCAUUUAAUUUAAUCAAACUGUUAUUGCCUAAAAUGAAUUUCAAGCCAGAUAAUUUAUCCUAUUUAUAACAAGCACGCAUAAUUUCUUGUAAUCUAGCCAAUGUUUUUAAAUGGGUUUUUAAUUGUAAGGUUUUUAUUACAAAUCGUGGCCCUUAAAAUGUUUGAGUGGGUGGGAGGGAGAGGGCUUUCUCUAGUAGUUCCUGUUCUUGAUUACUUUGAAUUCUGUAAGUUCAACCUCAGCAUUCUAAACGAUAUAUUAAAGCUUCCAUUACUGGCUUUAUUGCUCAAUAAAACAGAGACUAGAUAAAUCAAGCAGAUACUUCAAUUUUUUUGGACAUUUUAAAUGUUUAUAUGAAAUUGACUAAUAAAACCUGGAAGAGUUCUGCUUUCAAGUGGCUCCAUUGUACAGCAUUGUAGCAUACCCAUGAACUAAAAUAUGCAUUCAAAUUUCUAGAUAUUAUAUUAGUUUGGAAUGUCUUUAAAUUUUACACUUCAGAUUUUUUUUUUAGCCUUGUACAUAUAUUUUAUUUGUAUUUUGUGUGGGAGAAGUUCUCACUUUUUACUUUUUCUGGUAUGGAUUCCGAGCUGAUCUGUGUAGCACAUGUAGUUAAUUUCCAUACUGUACUGUAAAAACUGUCUCUGUACAGUAUUGGUAUAUCAUGCCAAAUGGUGUUCCAUUGCCAUGACAUCUCAUCUUUCAUUUUUCUCAAGUUGUAUUUCUAGCCUAGACAAAAAAGGAAAAUCCAUGUGUAGUACAUAUCUCAUAUGGCCACUAUAAAGUACAACUUGCCUUAUAUGAAAUAGCUAAAAAUAUUUGCUGAUACUGUAUUCAUUAAAGGAGCGCAACUAUAUGCAGCUCCUGUGGCAACACGUACCAAUUUGAUGCAGUAAGUAGUUGUGCAUUACCCCCCCUCCAAACACACACAACCAUCCUCAUCAUCACUAUCUGGCUGGUGACUAUGAAUUAUGCCGUGUAUGUCAAAGUCAGAAUAAUCCCUGCCUCCAACAGAAUUUGACAUAUGUACAUUUGCUAUGUAGAAGAUUGCCUACUAUUCUGUGGUCAGUGUUUUCACUAUAAGGAGGCUUGUUAUCAGUAAUAAUACUGUAGGACACUGUAAAAGCGUCAGAUUACAACUUGUAUCCAUUUUACAUAUGUAUUUGUGAAAGCUAUUUUUGUGCUAUUAUAUAAACUAGUGUUUUAGUGUUCUGUUAAUCUUUUAAUCUAUAUUGGCUGGUGUUCUAUAAGGCUAGUAACAAACUGUGCACAGUAUUGAAUAUAACUCAAAGGUUAACUUAAAGCAUUCUUUUGUGUCUCAAACUUACAUGUAAUUUAUGAAAUUAUGCUGUGGAAUGACUUGUUUUUACCCUUUAAAGAAAAAAAUAAUGAUUGUUUUUUGCCUUGUGGUUUUGUUUGUUUGGUUUUUUUUUACUAAAAAUGGAUCCCCACUCCAUCCCCAUCAUACACAUUCACUUUUUUCUUGUGCCCUAAACAUUAUUUGCAAUUUUGGCUGGAAACAAAUUAUUUUAUUUUUUAAUAAAUAAUUGAAAAUGCUUUUUUGACCAUGCCCGUAGAUAUUUAUAAAAGGUAUGUUUUAAUGUAUGGAAAUGUGGCAAAAACAAAUGUAUAUGGAAGCCACAAUAAGGUUUAAUGGCUGGUUAAUUGGUACUGUAUACCACUCUUGUGUGGGGCUCUAGAUCAAAAUGUCAACCUGCAUGUUUGUUUUAUCAUUCAUGUAUAUACAGUUGUUAAAAUGUAAAGGAUAUGAAUAUUUUCUAUUUUUUUUCCCAUUAAAAUUCCAGAUAAACUACA